AUGAACACUCGCGCGAUCUACGCCGUAAUCGCGAUUCUGGCGAUCGUAAUCGCAACCGUCGAACCAACCGGAGAUUUCGGAGAUUCGCUUGAUUUCGUACGGAUGGGAUCUUCUUCUUCGUUAUUCUCAGGAUGCAAAGGAUCGAUCGCUGAGUGUAUAGCAGAAGAAGAAGAGAUGGAGUUCGAUUCAGAGAUCAGUCGGCGCAUUUUAGCACAGAAGAAGUACGUUAGCUACGGUGCUAUGAGGAAGAACAGUGUGCCUUGUUCUCGCCGUGGUGCGUCGUAUUACAACUGUCAACGUGGAGCUCAGGCGAAUCCUUACCGCCGUGGAUGCAGCCAGAUAACCAGAUGCAGACGUUGA